AGAGCCGUGUGCUGCUGGUUGGUGCUUCGGCAUCAUGGCGAUGUAGCGGGGGGGGAGCAGCCCAGGACACCCAGAACCUCCCGGCCUCCACCUGAGUCCGGGCACGGCCUGAGCGGGGCCUGCGGGAUCCUCCGCCGUCGCCCCCCGCCGUGCCCCGCCGCUGCUCGGUUCCUCCUCUUCCCACCAGGGGGCUCCAUCUCGCUCUCCUUUGUGGCUGCGCGGUGGCGGCGCGGGCGGCGGGGCCGUUCCCAGGCGCUGCCUCCCCCGUCCGCCCGCAGCCGGGCGCGGGGCAUGGCCAGACUCCGCGAGGGCGAGGCGAGGAUCCAGCCGCAGCCGCCGCCGCUCCCGCCCGCGCCGCAGCCCCCGCCGCCGCGCCGAGCCUCCCCCAUGAGCAGCAGCGGCGGCGCGGAGCCCCCCGCGCAGCCCGACAGCAUGAAGGACCUCGACGCCAUCAAGCUCUUCGUGGGGCAGAUCCCGCGGAACCUGGAGGAGAAGGACCUCAAGCCGCUCUUCGAGCAGUUCGGCAAGAUCUACGAGCUCACCGUGCUCAAGGACCGCUACACCGGCAUGCACAAGGGUUGUGCAUUCCUCACAUACUGUGCCAGAGACUCUGCCAUCAAAGCCCAGACAGCGCUGCAUGAACAGAAGACUUUGCCAGGGAUGGCGCGCCCGAUUCAGGUGAAACCUGCAGACAGCGAGAGCCGUGGAGGUAGGGACAGGAAGCUCUUUGUGGGCAUGUUAAAUAAGCAGCAGUCUGAGGAUGACGUGCUCCGGCUCUUUGAACCGUUUGGGGUCAUUGAUGAAUGUACGGUGCUGCGUGGACCUGAUGGGAACAGCAAAGGCUGUGCUUUUGUAAAGUUCUCAUCUCACACAGAGGCUCAGGCAGCAAUCCACGCACUGCACGGCAGCCAGACAAUGCCCGGCGCCUCCUCCAGCCUGGUGGUGAAGUUUGCAGACACAGACAAGGAGAGGACCCUGCGGCGCAUGCAGCAAAUGGUGGGGCAGCUGGGGAUAUUCACUCCAUCUCUCACCUUGCCGUUCAGCCCAUACAGCGCCUAUGCGCAGGCUCUGAUGCAGCAGCAGACGACCGUCCUGUCCACCUCCCAUGGCAGCUACCUGAGCCCCGGCGUCGCCUUCUCGCCGUGCCACAUCCAGCAGAUCGGGGCUGUCAGUCUGAACGGGCUGCAGGCUGCGCCCAUCGCACAGACAUCAGGGCUGCACUCGCCGCCUCUCCUGGGAACGACAGCCAUGCCGGGGCUGGUGGCGCCCAUUUCCAAUGGCUUUACUGGCGUGGUGCCCUUUCCCAACGGCCAUCCGUCCUUGGAAACAGUUUACACCAACGGCUUCGUGCCCUAUUCAGCCCAGAGCCCUUCGGUAGCAGAGACCCUGCACCCGGCCUUCACUGGCGUCCAGCAGUACGCAGCCGUGUAUCCAACCACCUCCAUCACCCCCAUCGCGCAGAGCAUCCCGCAGCCACCGCCCGUCCUGCAGCAGCAGCAGCGUGAAGGUCCUGAAGGCUGCAACCUGUUUAUCUACCAUCUGCCCCAGGAGUUUGGGGACACUGAGCUGAUGCAGAUGUUCCUGCCUUUUGGCAAUGUCAUCUCCUCCAAAGUGUUCGUGGAUCGCGCCACCAACCAGAGCAAGUGCUUUGGUUUUGUGAGCUUCGACAACCCAUCCAGUGCACAAACUGCCAUCCAGGCCAUGAACGGCUUCCAGAUCGGCAUGAAACGUUUGAAGGUCCAACUGAAGCGACCCAAGGAUGCCAACCAUCCCUACUGACAGCAGCCAGCGAGCACGAGUCACCUUUGCAGCACAGUGACUCACAGGACCAAACUUUCCCAUUCAGACCCCGACUCGUUGCUGGAGGGGCUGGAAUUGCGGAGUUUAACUCUGCUGCGGUGUCUGCCCAGUGGGCGCUGCAAACAGACCUGAACAUUUAGAGGAUGCGGAUGGACACGGAGCAGGGAGGGCUCAACUCCCGGCUCAGCAUCGGCACCACGAGGAGGAGGAGGAGGAGGAGAACUGUGCAGCUCCGCCCCGGGCUCAGCCACCGAGUUCAGCACCAGCUGCUUUUUGCUCGCUGUGUUUCACCCUCCCAAGGGCUCCUGCGGACCGAACUCCUGCACUUUGCUGGGCUGAAAGCACAGGAACCUUUUUCCCUGCAGGCCCCGUGGUGCCGCCUCCCAUUGCUCCUCAUUGUAACAGGACCCUGGGCAGCAAAGCGAGAGGAGGAUGAUGAGGAUGAUGAGGAGCUGCUGGAGCCGCCCGGGCUGUGCAGGACCCGGCGCUGUGCAGGCGCUGCCGGUUCCCGGCCCAGUGGGAUGUUCCCCGUUGGGUUCUGCUGGUGCCGCCAUCGCUGCGGUUCUUCCUUCCACCUGGGGCCGGUUCCGCAGCAUGAAGCUCUGCCCCGAUCCCGGCCGGGGGGGGGGGACGUUGGGGGGAACCGUGUGCGAUGUGGGAUGGGGGUGGGGGGGUCGGGGCUGCAGCCCCCAACCCAGAGCGGGGGGUUGUUGUGUCUGUUAGUCCAUGUUUACUGACUGUAAAGACCAUUUUGAUACUCCAUGGCCGCUCUCGGCACCAUGUGUUUAUUUCCGCUACAACCGGAUCCAACAUGACUGCGACCGGGACGAGGAACGGGAAGGACCGGCGGGUUGGACGGGGCGGUGCAGGCUGCUCUAACAAGCCGCCCCUUGGAUUAAUAAACGUUUUUCUCCCUCGGU